AUGGUCGAUUGCUCUGCACUGUGUAUUGUCAUCAUCACCUUCUUCAUACCGCCCCUGGGCGUCUUCCUCAUCUCCGGCUGCAGCGCUGACCUGUUAAUCAAUAUUCUCCUCACCAUCCUCGGAUACUUUCCGGGUCACAUCCAUGCCUUCUACCUAGAAUACGUAUAUUACCACCGUCGCGGCCUCGCGGCUGGCGGUACGACGUUCGCGAAGCCGGCGACAGGCGUUUAUUCAGAGCGUAUUCAGUCGGGUGGUCAUUACCAGCAGCAGCAGACGCAAUAUGGGACUAUACAGACUUAG